GAGGAAACCAAUUGUUGGAACAGCAGGAACACGUUCUAUGUUUUACGUCAGUAUUGCGACCGACGGCCGGAGCCAUUUCCAUAAAACCGCCGGGCUUGUAGAGCUCCCCUUCCCCACGUCCCCAUAGCUACCGAGGUCUCUCUCUACCUAUCCAUCUUGCAGAUCCAACACACAGCAAAAUUAGAACUCGCCAUGUCAGAUCCAGACCUCCCCGGCUCGCCCAAAACCACAAAAUCCCGCGUGCUCGAGACCGCCGCAAGCGCAACGCAGGACUUUGCCCCCGUCAAACAGGUCUGCGCGCACUUGCACGCGUUCCAUGUCUAUGCGUCGGACACGACGCGGUGCGUCGAGGCGAACCACUACUGUUCGCAUAUUACCGAGGACCUGCGCCAAUGCCUAAUCUACGACUCGCCCUCCGCCCACGCGCGCCUAAUCGGCAUCGAAUACAUGAUCACCCCGCGCAUCUUCGAAACCCUCCCUCAGGCCGAACGGCAGUUGUGGCACACGCACGAGUACGAAGUCAAAUCCGGGAUGCUGAUUAUGCCGACGCCCGCGGGGAUGCCGAAUGCCGCAUGGGAGAUUGCCGAGACGUCUGAAAUGCGCGACGUCAUCCCGCUGUAUGGCAAGACGUAUCACUUUUGGCAGGUGGAUCGCGGCGAUCCGGUUCCUAUGGGUGCGCCGGAGCUUAUGUUGAGUUUUACGGAUGAAAAUCGGGUCAAACAGGCGGUUCCGGGCGGGUUGGAUGAGCUUGUGAAGGGGAGGGAUGAGCGGUUUGGGGUCAAUACUGCUGUCAAGAGGGAGAAGAGGAGUGAUAUUGAAGGGGUUGAGAAGCAUCCUGACGCCGACGCAAUGUGGGAGAAACACGACACCAAGUCAGGUACAAGUCGGCCGGGUGAUCAACGGACAAGCGCACGUGCUCCCUAA